AUGGUGGAGCAGGGAGGCGGCGAUGGCGCCAUGAGCUUCCUCAAGCGUUUCCCUCCGCCGGCCGACGGCGUCCGCCACCAGCAGCCGGACACGGAGGCGCUGCUGGCGGGGCGCAGCCUGGGCACCGGCACCCUGUACAUCGCCGAGAGUCGCCUGUCUUGGCUGGAAAACUCUGGAGUUGGCUUCUCCUUGGAUUACCCCACCAUAAGUUUACAUGCCGUCUCCAGGGACCUGAGUGCCUACCCAAGGGAGCACUUGUACAUUAUGGUGAACGCCAAGUUCGAAGAGGAGACAAAAGAGGCUCCCAUGACUGAAGGGGGGGAGGAGGAUGACAGCGAUGAUGAUGUUGAACCAAUUGCGGAAUUCAGAUUCGUACCUAGCGACAAAUCAGCCUUGGAAGCCAUGUUCUCAGCGAUGUGUGAGUGCCAGGCCCUGCACCCAGACCCGGAGGAUGAGGACUCAGACAACGACUACGAAGGGGACGAGUACGAUGUUGAAGCCCGUGAGCUAGAACAAGGUGACAUCCCGAGCUUUUACACAUAUGAAGAGGGAUUGUCACAUUUAACUGCAGAAGGCCAGGCCACGCUGGAGAGGUUAGAAGGCAUGUUAGCCCAGUCUGUCAGUACCCAGUACAACAUGGCUGGAGUGAGAACAGAGGACUCUAUAAGGGAGUUUGAAGAUGGGAUGGAGGUGGAUGUAGCACCAGUAGUUGCAGGGCAGUUUGAAGACGCCGAAGUUGAUCACUGAGGAGGACAGAUUCCUCUUGUGGCACUUCCAGAUUAAGCUGUAAAACCGAAGGCAUUGCAGUGACUAUCGGG